CCUUUAAGGAGAAAAGGCAUCAAUUGUACUGUUACUCGACACAACAGAAAAGUCAGACAAGGAUGGAUGUAUGCGUUAUGGUUUCACCGAACCGUCAAGGCCACAUAGUGGCGAUGUACGGAAAGUACAGGAAUAUAACGCCGUCCCACUACCCCACUUCAACCUCUCGGGCGAAUCAAACGCACCGAAGUGCGAGACUCAGCCCGGACGAGAGGGAGCAGAAUAGGCAGGACUCGGUCUUGUGAGCACCCGAAGGCACCUCGCUCCGUCGACCAGAAUUUGAACGUCACUCAGAAGAACAAACCUCUGCGCCAAGAGGGCUAACGCUUCCAACGGUCGAGCGGA